AUGGCCCCCUCUGACAAAACUUAUUCCGUACCACUCUAUACCACUUCUAAUGGUUGCCCAGUCAGCAACCCAAACGCAAUGAUUAAAAUGGGAAAGGUUGGCCCCGCUCUCAUUCAAGACCAUCAUUUGAUCGAUCUUUUGGCUCACUUUGACCGCGAAAGAAUACCUGAACGUGUCGCUCACGCUAAGGGCUCUGGUGCCCACGGGUACCUUGAGGUCACAGAAGAUGUAUCUGAUAUCGUUUCAGCUGACUUCCUCAAUGGUAUUGGGAAAAAAACGGCACUCUUCACUCGUUUCUCUACUAUUGGUGGCGAAAAAGGAAGUGCUGACUCCGCACGUGACCCAAGAGGAUUCGCCAUCAAAUUUUACACACAAGAGGGAAUUAUUGACUGGGUUAAUAUCAACAGCCCUGUCUUCUUCAUUAGAAAUGGUGUUCAGUUCCCUUUCCUUGUUCACACACAGAAAGCUAGAGAUCCUCAAACUAAUCUGAAGGAUGUCAAUAUGUAUUGGGACUUUUUGUGCAACAACCCAGAGUCUGUUCACAACACGAUGAUAAUCUUUUCUGAUCGUGGUACUCCCUUCUCUUACAGACAUAUGCACGGAUUCUCAACUCAUACUUUCAAAUGGGUGAAUAAGGAAGGACAAUUUCACUAUGUGCAAAUUCAUCUUCUCACUGACCAAGGAAUCAAGAACCUAACAAACGCAGAAGCACAUGCUUUACAAUCCGAUGACCCAGAUCAUGCUGGCCGUGAUUUACAUGAAGCAAUCGAGAGAGGUGAUUUUCCCUCAUGGACACUCUACGUCCAGACAAUGACACCUGAGCAGGCCGAGGAGGCCCCAUUUAGUGUAUUCGAUGUUACCAAGACUUGGCCUCACAAAGAUUUUCCACUAAGAAAAUUUGCCAAGUUAGUCCUAGACCGCAAUCCUGAAAAUUAUCAUGCUGAGGUCGAGCAGUCGGUGUUUAAUCCGGCGAAUACUGUUCCUGGUAUUGAACCCUCUGCAGACCCUGUGCUUCAGGCCAGAUUAUUUUCGUACGGUGAUACCCAGCGUUACCGUCUAGGAACCAACUUUACUCAAAUCCCUGUGAAUCGCCCCCUGCAGGCUCACUGUCCAUUCCAAAGAGACGGCGCUGUAUGCGUUAAUGGAAACUAUGGCAGUGUUUCAAAUUAUCCAAGCUCUUUUGAGCCACUAAAAUAUCGCGUAGACGCCACUAACAACGAAGCCCACGAGAAAUGGGCGUCUGAAGCGAUCUCCUUCCAAUGGGGUGCAACAGACCUCGACUUUGAACAACCUCGUGUUUUAUGGGAGGUUUACGGAAAGACAAGACAGCAAGAGGCUCUUAUUCACAAUGUUGCUCAGGAUAUUCAAGGAGCUAAACCUGAGAUACAGAAGCGGGUGAUGGAGUAUUUCUCGAAGGUUACUCCUGAGAUCUCUGAUCGUUUAUCUGAAGCGCUUCAGAAAUAG